AUGUUCACCAACCUUGGACGCGCCGCAGUGCAGCGUCUGCCCUUGCGGACCAUUGCUACGUCAUCCGUCGUUUCUCGACUGGUGUCGCGCGCCGCUCCCAACCAGCGCGGUCUCGCAGUGCUUGUCUCAGACUUGUCAAGGUCCGGCGCUUUGAGAUCUUUCGCGACAAAGACAGAGACCACCGAGCCCGCCAAGAAAACCACCAAGAAGACAGUCAAGAAGACCACCAAGAAGAAGCCUACCAAGAAGACUACCAAGGCUGCAGCAAAACCCAAGAAGGCCAAGAAGGUCGAAAAGAAGAAGCCUGCAACGCGCAAGGUCAAGAAGCCACUGAGUCCGGAGAAGGAGGAGCAGUUGAAAAUCAGGGAACUGAAGAUGGCCUCUUUGUACUAUGCGGAGUCCAAGGCCAAGGUCACCAAGGUCAAGCUGCCCUCCACUGCUUACCUGCUGUGGAUUUCUGAAAAGCUCAAAGGCAACUCUCGAGAUGCAUUAGCAACUCAGGAAGCCUUUACGAAGGUAACUAAUGAAUGGAAAACAGUUUCGGGUUCUGAGCUUGCAGGUCUGAAACGUACUGCCGAAGCGAACAAGCUUCAGAAUGAGGCCAAUCACAAGGCUUGGGUGGAAUCAUACACUGUUGAAGAAAUUCAGAGAGCCAACAGGGCCCGUCAGAUGCUGAAGAGGAAGUUCAACUACCCAGCAAAGAGGCCAGUGCAUCUCCUCAAGGACGAUCGCCGGCCCCUUGGAGUAAGAAGUCCAUUCACCUACUAUGUCAAGGCCAGAUGGGCAUCUGGGGACUUUGAGAACCAGACUGCGUCAAGUGGUAUCAAGACUCAAUCAGAAGAGUGGAAGAAUUUGUCAGCGGCUGAGAAGGCUCCGUACGAGGAGCUUAGUCGCGCUGACCGAGCUCGACGAGCCAGAGAGCAAUCUGUUCUCAGUGAAUGA